AUAUUCUUCAAAAUGCUUGCCUUCCUCAACUGUUUCUCCAAACAGCCCACUCUUCUGCAGCACCGGAAUGCACCCAGGCUCGUGCGUCUGGAUCGAGCUGCAGAUCCCUGCUGUCGUCGUGGUUUCCGGAAGCGACAGGCCUCUUGCUCCGUCCUACGAGCCUUGGAUGUGGUAAAAAUGUUUUGCGAAUUAUUCUCACACUGCAUUAUCACUGCAUAUUCAAACAAAACAAUCAAACAAUCAAUCAGUCAAUCAAACAAUCAAUCAGUCAAUCAAACUGCUAAAGAACCGUCUAUAAUUAAGAUAUAAUUAGGACGAGUACCGCAAACAUAAACUGCCUUCUCCAAAAAAGAAAGCUGAGCUGCCAGCAAAAUGGACUUGUUUGCCGACGAAUGGGAAUAUCUCGACAACGGAAUGGCCAAUGCCGUUUUCAAAUAUGUUGGGAACAACACGAAGUAUCUCCACAGAGUGUUGCGGGUUCGACUCAUUGGCCAGCACCAUCAAAGUGCUUCCUAUAUUUCAACAGCUGAAGUUUUCGACUCCAUUCACGCCAGUUUUGUUGCAGACCGGAGCUUAUGCAACCUACGGGAAUACAUCGUCAAUAACAACUUCGAGUUGAUCGAAUUGCCCACUGUCUUUACGGAAGCCUUGACAAAUACUUUCAAAAACCAUUGCUCAAUUAAUCUUGAUGAAAGAUAUGGAAUGCUAAUCGAUAAUCAUUUGGUUACUAAUGAACACACAAAAAAGACAAAAUAUUCAAAGUUUCUCAAAUUGUUUAUCAAUACCACCUGUGAUAGUGGAGAUUUUCCACUUAUGGUGAUUGAAAUGAAACCCAAAUGGUUGUAUAAGGAUUCAAUAGAUACAAACUAUUGUCGAAACUGUGCCUAUAAUAGAAUGACAAAAAAGAUAACCAAGAAAUGCUUCUGUUUUAACGAGCUUAUAAAAUUCAAGGACUCGAAUUUAAAACAAACCCUUAAAAAUAUGUUUCCAAUCUCGAAUGAUAGCAAUAACGACAUUGUUGUCGAUAGCACCGAAAUAGCUAAAAAUAUAUUGUUCGAUUAUUUCAACUAUAACGAUAAAAAUAUCUUAAACAUGCUAUCGCUUUAUCAGCGCCCAACGACCCAUAACAUGAUACUCAAUUUAAGUGAAGAGUUUAUGAACAGUGAAAACAACAAACAGGCGAUCAAUGAUCUAAAUUUGAAAAUGACCUUGCGAGAUGUCACUGUGUUCAUCAAGUUUUACAGAAUAGUCGACACUGCCGGCUACCUAUUGAUAGACCUAGACACAAGCAGCAGCAGCAGCACUUACCAUAAAGCUGUUGGCCAUCACCAAAUUGCCUACAAGUGGCAGAACAGGUUCUAUUGUAUUGAAAUCUCGCUUGUGGACCUAGACUUGAAAGACAUAGCAGGAAAGUGGAGGCAAUGGAAGGCAAAAGAGAGUUCUUUGGUUGCUGGUGAUUGGUACAACACUAUCGAUGUCCAUUAUGGCCAACCCUGUUGUGUUUUGCUACCAGAAAAUGAAGCAAAAGAAGCAAUUCCCACGAUUCUGUCCGGGUAACAUCGUCUUUUUGUUGAUUUAUCUGUUGCUCUGUUUUUUGCUUCCACUUUUAUGAAUCAACAGCAAUGAAAGUAUGUAAAUAACUGGGGCUUUUCUAGUUUCUGCCAUUUCCAUUUCCAUUCAGGUUUUUCAAUUACAACUAACUUGUCCUUUUGUAGAUCGAAGUCGCUAGAGAUAAGUUUUUAUCCAAUUUUGAAGUUUUUCAG